UCAGGUAGAAAAAAAAAAUCUAAUACAGUUAAAGGAUUCUGCUAAAAUUUUUAGAUGUGACCAUACUUCAACUGUUCAAACAGCUUUUUUGUUAGUGCAGGAUUCAAUACCAUUUAUAUGCAGUGUUAGAAUUGAAACUUCACAUGUGGAACAAAUAUUCGCUGGAUUAUGUUCCUACACGGCGCUUCAUGAAGAAACACAGAUUGCUUCCUGGUAGAAUUUGACAACACAGGCGACGACCCAAAGCUAACUUCUCAAUGCUGCGUUGAUGAAUGACUGCACAUGUAAAAUAAAUCUGUAUUAUUAUCCACAAUGAUUCCUUACACUGUAAACAUUAAACUGGCGGCUCGGACUCUGACCGGAACUCUGAAUUUACAGAAUAAAAGCGCAGUAGAUUGGGGUUGGCAGGGUCUGAUAGCUCAAGGAUGUCAUUCCAGCAUUCUCAUAAUUGACCCAAAAACAGCUCAGACCAUUCAGGUGUUGGAGAGGCACAAGGCCAAUGUAGUUAAGGUGAAAUGGUCCAGGGAAAACUACUACCACAACCUGAGCUCGCCUUACUGUCUGCGGCUGGCAUCAGGAGAUGCAUCGGGGAAGAUCAUCGUGUGGGACGUUGUCAGUGGCACCGCCCACUGUGAGAUCCAGGAGCACUCCAAACCCAUCCAGGACUUGGAUUGGUUGUGGAAUCAGGAUGCGUCUCGUGACCUCCUGCUGGCCGUCCACCCUCCCAACUACAUUGUUCUGUGGAACGGAGACACAGGGACCAAACUUUGGAAGAAGAGCUACGCAGAGAACAUCCUCUCCUUUUCCUUUGACCCCUUUGAUCCAUCUAAUAUGGCCCUGCUGACCAGUGAAGGAAUAGUCUUUAUCACAGACUUUACUCCCUCAAAGCCGCCGGGCAGUGGCGGUAAAAAGGUCUACAUUGCCAGCCCACAUGCAAGCCCCGCCCACACCAAACCUCCACCUGCUGCUACUCCUGCUCCUACAGGAGCAAAGAAGGCUCUAAACAAAGUCAAAGUGCUCAUAACCAAUGAGAAACCCACAGCCGAGGCGGUGACGCUGAACGACUGUCUGCAGCUGUCCUACCUUCCAUCCAAAAGGAACCAUAUGCUGCUGCUUUAUCCCAGAGAGAUUUUAAUCCUGGACCUGGAGCUCAGCCAGACGGUGGGCGUGGUGGCCAUAGAGCGCUCUGGGGUGCCCUUUAUUCAGGUGACCCCCUGCGGUCAGCGGGACGCCCUGUACUGCCUCCAUGAGAACGGCUGCAUCACGCUCCGAGUGUGUCGCUCCACAGCUGCUUCAGAGGAAGCAACAGACCCAGAACAGAGCGUCCAGGAGCUCGUCUACGAUCUGCGCUCUCAGUGCGACGCCAUUCGAGUGACCAAGACGGUGCGGCCGUAUCGCAUGGUCAUCUGCCCCGUUAAUGAGAACAAAGCUGCUCUGAUGGUCAGCGAUGGCAGAGUCAUGCUUUGGGAGCUCAAAGCCCACACUGGCAGGACUUCUGGCAAUCCAAGCUCGGGUCUGUCGCCUCUCUAUUCCCCCGUGGCGUUCUGUGGAGCUCCUCUGGGUCCCAGCCAGAAGAGGAUUCAGGACCUUUCUCUGAACAGCAUGAUUGGUCAAACUUUGAUUGGUGGUGAAGUUCCUGCUCCAUCCUCCAACCAGCAGGAGGUCCAGCUGAAGUUCUUGCUCACCGGCCUCCUGUCCGGCUUGCCACUGCCUCCUUUUGCCAUCCGCAUGUGUCCGCCUCUUACCACCAAGAACAUCAACCACUACCAACCCCUUCUGGCUGCAGGCACCAGCAAUGGUUCCAUACUGGUCUACAACCUGACCAGUGGUCUUCUGCACAAAGAACUCAGCGUUCACUCUUGUGAAGUCAGGGGGAUUGAGUGGGUGAGUCUUACCAGUUUCUUAUCUUUUGCGACGUCGGCUCCGAACAACAUGGGCCUGGUGCGAAAUGAACUACAGCACGUGGACCUUCCAACUGGAAGAUGCUUUGCAUUUAGAGGUGAGCGUGGAAACGACGAGCCUCCCAUUGAGAUGAUUAAAGUGUCUCACCUCAAGCAGUACCUGGUGGUGGUUUUCAGAGAAAAGCCGCUGGAGCUGUGGGAUGUGAGGACCGGAACUCUCCUCAGGGAGAUGGCCAAGAGUUUUCCUACUGUCACUGCACUGGAGUGGUCCCCAUCUCACAACUUGAAAAGCCUGAAGAAAAAGCAAAUGGCGGCACGGGAGGCCAUGGCUCGGCAGACGGUGUCAGAUGCUGAGCAAAGUAACGUGGAAUCCUCAGUCAUCAGUCUCUUACAAGACGCUGAGAGCAAGUCAGAGACGAGCCAGGCCAUCUCGGCUAGGGAGCACUUUGUGUUCACCGAUACGGACGGCCAGGUCUACCACAUCACUGUGGAGGGCAACACGGUGAAAGACGGUGCACGAAUCCCCCCUGAUGGCAGCAUGGGUAGCAUUACCUGCAUUGCCUGGAAAGGUGAUACGCUGGUGCUCGGAGAUGUGGAUGGCAAUCUCAACUUCUGGGAUCUUAAAGCUCGAUUGUCCAGGGGCAUACCGACACAUCGUGGCUGGGUGAAGAAAAUCCGCUUUGCCCCGGGGAAAGGCAACCAAAAGCUGCUGGUCAUGUAUACAGACGGAGCAGAAGUUUGGGACACCAAAGAGGUUCAAAUGGUCAGCAGCAUGCGCAUUGGCCGCAAUGUCAACUACCGUAUUUUGGACAUUGACUGGUGCACGUCAGACAAGGUUGUUCUGGCGUCAGACGACGGAUGCAUCCGAGUGUUGGAGAUGGCCAUGAAGUCUGCGAGCUAUCGCAUGGAUGAGCAGGAUCUGACUGAUCCUGUGUGGUGCCCCUACCUGCUGCUGCCCCGAGCUGCUCUCACCCUCAAGGCCUUCCUCCUCCUGCAGCCCUGGUCAGGAACCUUCACGAUGGACAUCACUCAGGUAGAUUACAAUGAAAAGGUGGAGAUAAAGGGUCUGAUCCAGGAGCAGCUUAACUCCUUAUCUAAUGAUACCAAGAGUGUGCUGCAGGACCCUGAACUCACUCUGCUGCAGCGCUGCCUCCUGGUGUCCCGGCUCUUCGGGGAUGAGUCCGACCUUCACUUCUGGACGGUGGCGUCUCACUACCUCCAGUCCUUUGCGCAGGCUCGUCAGCUGAGUGUGUCCACGGCAGACGGAGGUGACGGAGCUCAGCAGCCGCUUCAGAGCCAUCUGGACAUCUGCUAUGAUGUCUUAUGUGAGAGUUCUUACUUCCAGAAGUUCCAGCUGGAUCGAGUUCACUUGCAGGAGGUGAAACGUUCCAGCUAUGAACACACUAAGAAAUGUGCUGACCAGCUCCUCCUGCUGGGUCAGACGGACAGGGCCGUGCAAUUACUGCUGGAGACCAGCGCGGACAACUCCAGCUACUACUGCGACUCGCUCAAGGCUUGCCUCGUGACCACCAUCACCUCCUCGGGACCCUCACAGUCCACCAUCAAACUCGUGGCCACCAACAUGAUUGCUAAUGGCAAGCUUGCAGAGGGAGUUCAGCUGCUGUGUUUGAUUGACAAGGCAGCGGAUGCGUGCCGCUACUUGCAGACCUACGGGGAGUGGAACCGAGCCGCUUGGCUUGCUAAGGUGCGCUUGAAUCCAGCGGAGGGCUCAGAUGUGCUGAAGCGCUGGGCGGAACACCUGUGCUCCCCGCAGUUCAACCAGAAAUCCAAAGCCAUUCUGCUGCUGCUCUCCCUCGGAUGCUUCUACAAAGUGGGCGAAAUGCUCCACAGCAUGAGGCAGUUCGAUCGAGCCGCCCUCUUCAUCGAAGCUUGUCUAAAAAACGGUGUCAUGGAGGCCAACGAUACUUCCAAUAAGCUGAUCGAGGCUGCAUUCGUGGACUACGCACGGCUGCUGCGCUCCCUGGGCCUGAGGGAGGGCGCUGCCCUGUGGGCGUCCAGGGCCGGCUCCGCUGGGGUCCAGCUGAUGGAGGAGCUGUUCCAAGGAGAAGGGGGCGGGACCGAAGCUCCGCUUGACUACAAGGAGUUUGAUCUUGGAGAAGAGGGCACAGAGUGAUGCAGAUUUUGUGGUGGUGAUGGUGCUGGGGGGUCGGGGUUCACUGAUUAACGGUUAUGAAGGAACAAGGCGUCCAGGAGAGCCUCAUGUCCUCCUGAAGACAGAUAUUCUUUGAGGAGUUACAUGGAUGUGGGAGCAUCCCUGUGUGUGCUGGUGCUCCUGUGUUUAUUAUGCACGGAACAGCCCCAAAAGAAACACAACAGGCUGUUACCAUUACAACACAAUUCUUCUACAUUCUGUUUUUUUUUUUUGUUAAUCUUUGCGGUUAAAUCUUAUUGUGGGUACAAAUCAUUUCUCAGAUCUGCAUCAUUGUAACACGUAUCACCUCCACUCUAAACGAUGGUCUCUCCCUCCUCUAAUACUGAAAAUGUCACCAAGGCAACUCCACGUCUGAAAUCUGAGCACUUUGAUUGAACCAAAAAGACUUUAUAAUGUGAGUAAAAACCUUGAAGUCUGCUGUGACUCUUCACAGAUGAGCAUUAAUUUCAGUUUUCUGAUCAGUAUCUUGUGAGAGCUUCAUUAUGACAGCUAGAUGUUAAUCCAUUCCAGUGAUGUGUGCAGAUCAGUGGAUGUUCCUGUGUCUGUGACGGGUUCCAGUGAUGUUCUGCUCUAUUGUACUUUGAUGUUGAUAAAGUCAGCUCGUUCUCCUGUGUCUUAUGCACUCGUGUGAGACCGGUUCCUGCAGACCCACAGAAAUGGCUUCCUCCUGCUCCUGUGCUCUCUGAACAUAUGCAGAUCAUCAGUGAUUAGUGUGACGUUCAAAGACUCGCCUGACUGCGUGUUUGUUUGGCUUCCGAUGUGUAAAGUUGUCCUGAAGCAACACAGUAACUCCAUUCACAGCAACUUUCAGUGUUUAAGAACUGCUGUUUACCAUCUGGGUUGCAUUUAGCAGCCAUUACCCGUGUUGCCAUGGUAACCCAGCCUGUUUUUUUAGAGUAAUUCGUGUUGUUCCAGUGUUUCACCAAAACACACACACAAAAAAAGGCCACACGGGCCUGCAGAUGAUGCUGCUGUUUCCUCCCUUUUCCUGUCACUUUACAGAAGCAGCUGCUUCCAUGUAACACCUGAUUCCAUAUGUUCCACUUUUUUUUACUAUUUAAAGUUCUAGUGUGUAGACGUGUUUGUUUCUUUGAUUCUACUCGUUGGUGUGCAGCCUUUGUGUUUUUGCAGUCCCCCAAAGGCUUUAAGAUGUGUUACAAAAGAAAAUUAUGUAUGUGUAUAUAUGGAUGGCAAUAAAAUCAAUUUAAUGUUU